AUGUAUACCCUGAAAUCUCUCUUUUCUCCUCCACCUUCCUCUGCCCCAUCUCCGUCCACAUCCACCGUCCGCCUCAGCCGCAAGAUUAGCGUCACCACCAUCCAUGUAAUGGCACUAGACGGUAUAGUGAACGUCAACUCGCUCUUCACCUUCGCCUUAUUCCUUGGCAUUGCAUGGUACCCUACUCCCACCCUCAUAGACGCCAACUCCUCUGCCUCCUGUGCCGCCCGAUCCGACCUUGCCGAGAACCUCAUCGCAUGCCACGUCUACUCCUUCAGCUCUUUCCUCUUCUCUAGCCUAAUUGCAUCAGCCAUCAAACAAGCCAUCAAGAUAAGAAAAGAUAGCAAUGACUCGGCAGCUCGUGGAGUUGGCGCCGGUCUUGUAGAUGUGAACUUGAUGGCUUUGAGGGUCGGGAUGUUGGUUUCAGGUGUUGGUUCGGUUUUCGGAUGUGGGUUUUUGAUGAUGGCUUUGGUGGCUCUGGUUCAGAUUAAGCUGGGGACUUUGAGUUGUGGGAGUCUUUACAGUUUUUUUGCCAUUGGUCCUCUGGUAGUUUUGGUCCCUUCCGCUCUUGUUUUCUAUAGACUUAUUGUUCUUUAUGCCUUCACUCGUUAGAAAAUAUAGAAUUUUUUGCUCUUUAUUUGACUUAUCAAGCAUUACACUUCUAAAUUUAGAUAUGUAAUUGAAAAAGGGAAUUCAUUUACCUCAGUUUUAUUCUAAACUAAAAGGUGUCUGAUAGGUAUCCUAGUACUAAUUUAUUUCAUAGUGCACAAAUCUUGAGAUGAUCUAGUGGUUUACUUUAGAUGCAUAGUUUGGUAGAUUUUCAAUUUUAAAUAUUCUUACUGCUGCAAUUGGGAUAUUGUUCACUUGGUUUUCCUAUACCAAAUGCAAUGUAGGAGUUUCCAGCUUCUCUUUUUGUUCAGUCCUCCUCUUCAAGCCCACGUACAUUAUAGACAGACUGUUCGAACCCGAGUCAUUUAAAGAGAAUAAUAUUCUUGUUUACCAUUGAAUCCAUUUCAAUGGAUUCAUAAAUUUCAUGCAGAUGCACUUAAAUAACAUGCCUUGAGUCAACACCUCGACCCUUGAUAAAAGAGGCCAUGAACUUCACAUUUCCCCCCUUUCUUCAAAUUCAACCUUUUCAAUAUAUCGAACCCAUUAAGUGGCCUCUAAUGGUAAAAGGAAAUGUUGCUUUUUUAGAAGACCUGAAUUCGAGUAGUGUUGCAGGGUAUGUGCGCAUUAUCAAUAACCUUUCAAGAGCUUCUGCUGACUCCUGAAGCACAACAGGCCCAUGUGCCGAAUGAUAGAGCUAUUGAAGUUGAUGAAGAGGUAAAGAUGCUUAUGUUUUUUCCCCCUAGAUAUCCUUACCAUGUUGCUACAAGCGAGUCCACAAUGUUCUCAAAGAAGUAGAUGAAGAGAUUUGAAAACUUGAUUUCUCUCAUGGAAAAUAUUUUAAAAAGGAAGUUUGACAUCUCAAAAGGUAACUCCUUGAUUCUAGGAUUGGCAGGAAGGUUAGUAAAAGACAAAGGGAACGCCUUCAUUUUCAAAGCACUGAAAGCAAAUAUUUAUGGAAAACAACAAAUUCUGAAAAGGAUGUUAUUGUUGUUGUUGCUGUUGAUGGUUCUUGUGCUAGAUAAAGACAUUCUGAAAAGAAGGGUGUUUUCGACUUCGAUGGAUAACUCAGAAUCUAUUUUGGCCAAAAGUAGGAGGUUGCAGCAGAUUUGUUGUGAAGCUGGAAUGGAAGUGAGGUGUGUCUCAUCUACGCGGCCGGCUGGAAAUAUUGUUGGUGCUGAUCGAACCCCAUGGCAGCGCCCUCGGAGUGGUUGAGUUAAAAUAAAUACGAAUGGCGGUAGAAACUCAGCCAAUGGUAAUGCCACGUGUGGUGGGGUUCUGCGAGACAGCUAUGGGCAUUGGUUGUUGGGGUUUCUUAAAUUUAUCGGUGUUUGCUCGAUAGUGGAAAUUGAGUUAUGGGAGAUCAUUAUUGGUGGGAGCGAGGAUAUUGGCACGUUGAAGUAGAAACUGACUGUCACCAAGCGUACCGGCUUCUUCAAGCCACCCGCCUCAAGGGACGCUGUCCAUCCUUCUCCACAUUGAUGUUCUUGUACAAAGGAAUUGGAUGGUUCAUUUUAUGCAUGUUUCUCGGGCAGGUAACCGAGUGGCCGAUUUUGUGACUAAAAUGUCUACUGGGGAGGAUUUUGAGGUGCACUAUUUGGAGGUUCCGCCUGCCGGUGUUGAGUCAUUACUUUAUUAUGAUGAGUCGGGUACAGUAGUAUAAGGUGUUUAUGUUUGAUUGUUGAUUUCUCUUAUUGGUUGUAUUGUUUUGUUUCUUUAAGCGGUAUGUGUGUACUCUUUUCCUCCUAUUAGGUUAGGAAAGUUUUUAACGAGAUACAUAUAACCCUUCCCGUGUAUAAUUUCCGAAUUAAUCAUACCUUCUUUACAAAAAAAGAAAAAGAGGGUUGCAAU